AUCCUAUGUGUUUAACAAAUACAUGACCAAUGAAAUAUAUUGGACUACAGUAGAUCCUCGCUCCAGAAUGGAGAAAAUCCAAAAGCAAUCGAGACCUCUGUUUAUUUUUGACACAUGGCGCUGACGUUUUCCUCUGAUUUUGGUGACAGUUUCAGCACCAGAAUCCUCCCUGGUCAUUCUUCAAUAUGCCUCACACACUUAAACACAAUUAAAAAUGAUGUAAUGUACAAGCCACUACCCCAGUGCUGCUCAAACUUGUUCCACUUGGGGCCAAAAGUGGUUAAUAUAUACUGUAUAUAUACUGUACAUCCAACCUGUGUUAUGAAUGCGGAAUGCUGAAUAAGUGGGGAUCCACUGUAUAGUCCGCCAGGAGGCUGGUUCUACCAUUCUGUCAUUAAGUGUUCUUGGCUGAAACCUAAUUACAUAAGCCUGCAAAAUUUCCUCUAGUUGUUAGAGGACAGACGACUCCAAGGACUGUACACGUCUUAAUCUUGCAAGUGACAAAUUAGGACUUUAUUCCUGCAAGAUGGAGGCAGUCAUCAGAUUCCUGGGUGGUUUCAUGCUAAUUUACACAUAACCAGGAGCCGGUUCUAGCCUGAAAUGAGGUGGGCGUCAAUGAGUGGAGUCUUAAGUCCGCUCAGUUGCUUGAGAGGAUCUCCUUGAAAGUCCUUGGCUCAAGUCAAGAGCAGGCAAGUUAAGGGGCUGAAGGAGAGGGGCAGUGGAGAGGCCUGGGAAGUACAGUCGAGAUACACAAGCAAGACCACAGUAGCUUUGGCCCGAAUGAGAACCUCUAGGACCACCUAAACGUGGACGGUAUUCCAAAAACCUCCUUGAUUUAAUGGGUCCAAUCAUUGGGAUGUCACCAGACAAGAAAACGGAAAUUCCGGGUAUGCAAGAGGAGCGGACAUGGCUCCGAGGUGUUUGCGGAGUGGGAACACUGCCAGAAGCGGAAUGCGCUGCCAGCCCACUUGCAACCAGUGUGGAUCGGACUGGAGUGGCCGAAGAUGAAGAACUCACAAACCUCAACUGGCUCCACGAGAACCUGCUUCAGAACUUCACUCUCGGGGGUCCGGAAGCGCAACCCAGCGGAAGCCCCCUCUUUGACAUCGAAGGAGACGGUGGCUCCAACCAGGGCCCCUCGUCCUCAUCCACAGCAUCAAGUCACAGCAGGGGCAGGGAGCGGGACUCGUUGAAGUCAAAACCUCCUUUCUCGUUUUCGCUCCUCAUCUACAUGGCGAUCGAGCAGUCCCCCAGCAAGUCUUUACCCGUCAAAGAAAUCUACGGCUGGAUUCUUGAGCACUUCCCUUACUUCUCCAAUGCUCCCACUGGAUGGAAGAACUCUGUGCGUCACAAUCUCUCCCUGAAUAAAUGCUUCCGCAAGGUUGAACGCAGUUUAGGAAAGGCUAACGGAAAAGGUUCUCUGUGGUGCGUCGACCCGGCCUACCGCCCCAACCUCAUCCAAGCCCUAAAGAAGCAGCACUUUCCUGCCGCACAUGCCUUCUGUACACCACCCGCCUCCCCGCCCAGUGCCUCCUCACCCCCUCGGCAUCUCUUUCUACAAGGCUGCUCCUUUAAAGAAUCUGAUAUUGAUGCUGCCACUGCCAUGAUGCUCUUAAACUCUGCCCCAGGGCACCACGUUGACCCAUGCAUUUCUGACGGCCCGCUGGACCUCUCCAGACCUGACUCGGUCCUGGUGAGCAGUGAUCCAAAGCAGGAUCACAACUACAGCAGCGUAGCCCUGCAGCGUUGCUCCUCCCGCUCCUCGUCCUCCUCCUCCCUGUCCUCCUUAGAUGAAGGCGGUUGCGACCGCAGGCAGUCUCACCGCGCCGGCAGCGAGGGCUUCCACAGCGACGAGGACUCGGAUAUCUGGGACGAGAGGGGCACCGACCAAACGCAGCGCCGCCCACCUGCCAUCAAGUGGCCCGUCAGCAAGAGGGCGCGACGCGAGGUCAAACCGGAGCUGGAUGAGGAGCUUAAGGAGGCCGCCGGUUCCUUGCUGCACCUGGCGGGUAUACGCAGCUGCACGGAGGGCAAACGUCACGUCAAGAGCACAAAACUUAACAGGAAAUAAGGACCCCUGUCAUCAGACUCCGGAUCCUAUAACCCCCCGUCCCCCCUCCCUCGCCCAUCGUGUGUCCCUGUGCGCCUCGUCCUCCUUUUCUCAUCAUACGUUGGCCAUUUGGAGCCUCCCCUCUUUGGUGUUUGUUUGGGAUGUCUCUGUCCAACCAACAAAUGGCAAUAGUGUUGCUCACACAGGAGAACAAAGCCAUAAAGAGACUUCAGUAACUCGGGGGCGCUCACAGCAUUGGGGGGGCGGACAUCUGGGUUAUGGAGAAGUGGAUCCAAAACGCUCCUGUCGGAAUAGACGAUGGACAGUCAAGAUUGAAUGAUUUUUUUCUCUGCCAAAUGGGAAAAAGCUGACGUUUCUUUGCAUGCUUCCUCCUCCAACCUGUAUCCUCUUCCAAGCGAAUCUGUAUGAAGCGAGCGAGUGCAUGUUUGGAAAGACAAAAUCUGGUGUCUAACCUCCUGGUGUUACAAGUUCUCCCUCUUUUUGUGCUAAAGAAAAGAAAAGAUGGCACAGUUUGAACUAACUUGUGCUCUAAACCUCCUCUUGUGAGAGAGAUGCAAUAAUGAACCCACAACCUAACUUUGUCCACACCAUUUAGUGUAGUGAUGCCCCCCCCACUCCCCCCCCAUCAAAAAUGCUAGUUAACCUACAACGAAGCGGAUGAAUGAAGAAGUGUUCUCGUCUUGUUACGCCAUGAACAUACAUACAUUUCAGGAUUAGCAAGAUGUGGGACUAGUAUUUACUCUUGCAGACUUUGCUACUGCGCUUGGCUGUUUUUUGACAAUGGUCCUGUCAAUCACCUUCAUCCAGCAGUGUGUUUUAUUUACAGCAUCCUGCCCUCGUAUUCCAGGCCUUCACUGUGCGUUCAUUGGAUGUCCUCCAUAGCUUUUACUUCUUCAAAUGUUCUUUUAUUGUGUGUUUACUCCAGUCUAAAGCCUCGGGUCCGAUCCUGCUGCCCCACCUCAUUUUAGAUCUUAAAUGACCACUAAAUAACCUUGCUCCGUUUUGUCUGAUUUGGGCGACGUUGUGGUAGAGCUUAUCUAAACAUGAAUCCAUACGAUGAAGAUGAGUGCUGCUCUCGUGACGGGGCCACGCUUCCGGUGGGCCGCUCGCUCUUCCUCCUCAGAACAAAAUAAGGAAGCGCCAAAGUCUCUUCUCGAGCUGUGAAAUGUGGCGUUUACUGUCAGCUGCUCACUUGCCGAAAGUUACGAGCCACAUUUUUCACUUGGGCUUUAAAACGACAAAAAAAAAAGUUUCACAAUACAAGGAAAAAAACGGAAGCGCACAACAGCCAUUUCCUGCCACACUGUGUUACAACGGCUACAUGCGUGCUCGGUGCCAAACAUGUUAUUGUGCCACUCGUGAAAAAAACACAACUUUUGUUUCCCAGUUGCCACAAAAAAGUUUUUUUUCUCUUUUAAAUCCCCGUAAACAGGAAAUGCUAGCGGACUCUGGACGCUGUGGUGACAAAACCAUGUUGUUGUAUUUCACUCAGCAUAUGAAUAUGUCAUAUACACUGGUCUUAUUUAGCUGUGAAAGAAAACCAAUUGAUUGUUGGUUACCUUAUUUAUGACAUUAAUUUAUGGGGUCUUCUGAAAGGAAUGACAAGGCACAUUUAAUUUGUUGUUUUCCCUCCUUACAUGAGCUCCUCAUGAGAAGUAUUUUAUCUUGUUCUUUUUUUGUUAUUAUUUCACAGCAAUACACCAUUACCCCCCCCCCCCCCCCCCCUCUCUUUUACUGUGUUAUAUUGAUUAAGUGUUUUUGCCAAUUGUCUAUAGAGCGGGUGUUAUUUUAUUUUUGCAACUUAACUACGACUGCCAGGUUUUCUUUGCUUUCUUUUUUGUUCGGCAGGCUAGAAAAGAAGCAUCUUUGAAAACGUAUUGCUGCCAAAAUGGAUGUAAAACUGCGGGUGCGACGUUCCACAUUUCCCUUUUUGUGCUGUCAAAUUUCUGAUUGAAGCAUUUUCCAUUCGUCUCUGUUUAUGUUGGGAUAUUUUGGGACUUAUCUCCAGAAAACUGCCACUCAUAAGUCAUGCUUCCAGGUAUUGUGAUUGUGACUGGAAACUGGAGCAGAAUGACCCAUGCGGCCCCCCAGGCUGCUGCUGCUGCUGCUGCUCUUGUGUGGUUGCAGACCUCCAGUCCAUAUCUUCUCACUCAUUCUUUGUGUAGCACUUGUCAGAGAAAGGUUAUGUUGCUCUCAGUGACACAAGAUGUAGGUCUCCCACAAGAUUCAACGCCACGCAUAAACCCCUCUGGUUGCUUUGUUGCUUAGCAGCUUUUAUUGAAUAUUGGUCAUGUGGUCCUCAGAAUUAUGUUGCAGCUUUUGCAUUGGAGAGAGAAAAAAAAGCAUAACAAAAACUGCCAGCCCACUAUCGGUUUGCCAUGGAUAUCGAACCGUCGACACCAUUUUGGUUUUGUAUGCUAACCUCUGUUGAUAAAAUGUUUAUAAGAUUUAUUUUCGCCAAAGAUAUGCAAUUGCAUUAUAUAUGGUAUUACAAAAUAUGAAUAAAAACCUGUUCUUGUUA